GUGGAUGUCUGUACCGAGGACACAGCCUGUGAAUCACUGUCUGAAUGCAGCUUUUCUUUUAAAUACAUUUGUUGAAGGUGUUUUUUUUUCUCCUGCGUGGAUGAGACCUGGACAAAAAGUUGGCACUCGCAGCAGACUCCUUUGCGUAAAGGACCGCGUGUGAAUCAUGUAUUGCGCAGAAUCUCUGCUCACUUGCGAUUAAUUUACAGGAGAGAGGCGCAUCUCCACCUCACAGGAUGCGAGUGGCGCGCUGAGUGUGAUUGCAUGCUUUUGGGCAGGGGGUACCAAACUUGCGUAAAGAGCCCGUUUCUGCACAAGUAUUGAUCGCUGGUCACAGUUAAGUGAUUGAUACAAUGUCAGCCUUGCGAAGGAAAUUUGGCGAGGACUACCAGGUGGUGAACACCAACCGGAGCAUGACUUUUUCCGCACCGGCGAAGAGAAAGCGGCAGCGCUUUGUGGAGAAGAACGGCCGCUGCAAUGUCCAGCACGGUAACCUUGGCGGGGAGACCAGCCGGUACAUCUCGGAUCUCUUCACCACACUGGUGGAUCUCAAGUGGCGCUGGAACCUCCUCAUCUUCAUCCUCACUUACACAGUUGCGUGGCUGGUGAUGGCUUCAAUGUGGUGGGUGAUCGCCUACAUCCGCGGCGACCUGAGCCACGGCGGCCACGACUCGUCCUACACCCCGUGCGUCGCCAACGUCUACAACUUUCCCUCCGCGUUCCUGUUUUUCAUCGAGACGGAGGCGACCAUCGGCUACGGCUACCGCUACAUCACGGAGAAGUGCCCGGAGGGGAUCAUCCUCUUCUUGUUCCAGUCGCUGCUGGGCUCAAUCGUGGACGCCUUCCUCAUCGGCUGCAUGUUCAUCAAGAUGUCGCAGCCGAAGAAGCGCGCGGAGACGCUGAUGUUCAGCCAGGACGCGGUCAUUUCGCAGCGGGACGGGAAGUUGUGCCUCAUGUUCCGAGUGGGGAACCUGCGGAACAGUCACAUGGUGUCCGCGCAGAUCAGGUGCAAACUCAUCAAGUCUCGGCAGACCCCAGAGGGCGAGUUCCUGCCACUGGACCAGUGUGAGCUGGACGUAGGUUUCGGGACGGGGGCGGACCAGCUCUUCUUGGUGUCACCUCUUACCAUCUGCCACGAGAUCAACACCAAGAGCCCGUUCUUUGAUCUGUCGCAGCGCUCACUCAUGAACGAGCAGUUUGAGAUUGUUGUCAUCCUAGAAGGAAUCGUGGAGACGACUGGAAUGACAUGCCAGGCGAGGACGUCUUACACUGAAGAUGAAGUCUUGUGGGGCCAUCGUUUCCUCCCUGUCAUGUCACUGGAGGAGGGCUUCUUCAGAGUCGAUUACUCCCAAUUCCACAACACCUUUGAGGUCAAUACGCCUCCCUACAGUGUAAAAGAGCAGGAGGAGAAGUCCUCGUUGACGUCGCCCAACUCUCUCCCUGUCGCACCCACCCCCUCCUCUCCUCUGCUGGGUAACGGUGGCCGCGGAGGCCGCAGGGAAAGGCUUCUGUCAGCUGACUAUGCAGACCAUGUAGAGGACCAAGCCUCCAGGCUGCCCAGCAAGCUCCAGCGCAUGAGCUCUACCAAGGAGGAGCUCCUCUGGAGGGGACUGAAGACGGGGCCAGCUUUGCCUGGGGGGAAGGCAUCCAGCACAGGAGACCUUCCGCUUAGCAUUCAGAGGCUGAGGUCCAGCUCCAUCCCGGUUGCGAGGCAAGGACAGCUGGAGGAGCAGGUCCAGCUGCUGUCCUUGGAUGGAGAAGCUGAGGAGGGUGAGCUGGAGAGACACAGACUGCCAGCAGCCAUUAGCACCAUCUCUGCCCCAACCCCAACCCCAGUCCAGAUCCCCUUGGUAGGGAGUAGGCCAGAGGACAACCUGCCCGCCAAACUGCGCAGAAUGAACGCUGACCGCUGACUUCUUUUCUGCAGACUACUUUUAACUUUUAAGACUUUUGAAAAUUGAAUCAGGCUUGAUGGGCAUUGCAUUAAAAUAAAGACUACUGUGAUAUAAGUUUUAUUUUUUUUCUGCAGAUUUCGGUCAGUAUUUUACAUUUACUUAUGGGCUCUCUACUUAGUUGUCUAAUGCCACAAAUAGAAUGACAACACCAAUAAGCCAUCCAUCCGCUCAUACUGUGAGUCAUUUUUGAUAGAUCACCAUCUGUGCCCCCCCACUGACCUCGAACACUUCUGCCCUUGUGCUUGUUUCUUUCACUUAAUGUUUAUAGAGUUGCAUCAAAGACUUUAUUGUCUCAAACUACACUUCUCUCAACUAAUGAAGCACCAAAGUGAUUGUCACAAAUAAGACUGAUCUGAAUUGACCAUUCGCUAACCCCCUCCCCCAGAACAGUGAUUGUCUAAUCAUAGCUUAGCAACUGUAACUAGGCACGGCAGAUCUGUCAAGCUUUGGAUUUCUCCACAUGCCUCAAACAGUGUACAUGAGGCUUUAGUGAGACAAAAGACCCACUGAAAGCAGCAUGAUGCAAAGUUUUCCCUCAUUUAUUUUCUACGGGGUGUCAGCAAAAUAAUUCGAAAGGUACUGUGAGCUUCCUUGUGAUGCAGGAGUGACCACUGAUAUGAAAAUAAGGAGGGGUCAAAAGUUAAACAUUUUUAACUGGAUGCAAAUGAAGGCGAAAUUAGCUUUGUUUGCCUCCGGUGGGUCUUCACCACAAGAGUGGUACCUCUGCAUUUAAAGAGUUUGGAUCAGCGUUGCCAGAUAUGCGAUAAUUAUUGUUUUUGUAUGAUAAUUUUGCCCUCUAUGAUGUACGAUCCAUAAUGCCAAAAAGUGCCAUAAUGUACUACCUUUUCUGAUGAUAACAAUUAGCAGUUGGUUUCAGUAUCAUUUUACUUCCUGAUGUGUUCAGGCGUGCAAAAUAUGGAUCCUAGGGACUCUUAGGGACUCAUCCCCUCUUCCAGACAUACUAGCUACAUAAGCUUGCAUUAAAACAUUUUUAAAAAGCAGGUAUAUUUGUAGGCACGUCAAAAAGUUGUUUCCGUAUGUAUUUUGUUAAAUUACACAUUAUUUAUACCUAUUUGUUCUUGUGCUUAUGACUCACAGAUGAUCUUUUUUUUCAAAAUACAACAUUUUGAAGCCUAUUUUCCACAUGGCAACGCUGGUUUGUAUGGUGGUAUAUUUCUUUUAACCUUUCAAAACCAAAAACACAAGCAAAAGUGUGAGAAAUGGAUUAAACUGUGUGUUUAUAUGCUUUAAAGUAAGCAUGUCUGGCUAACAAGCUUAGUACCUGUAGUUUGUGGGGUUACAGCAAGCGGCAACCUCCAGCACUGAAAAACAAAGCCAACACGAAGUGCAAAAAACUGCAGUCUUUUAAAUGGCCAUUUGAGGCUGGCUCCAGAGGCGAGUCUGUCCCAAUAUACCCCCAUGUUAAAAUGCUCAACUUUAGCUUAAAUAAACAUGUCUACAGCCUGGUACAAAAAUCAGUUUUGAUCUGUAUAGCUAAUUUCCCUCAUCAUGACAACUGCACAGACGGUACAUUUUUAUGUAACUCACCGGUUACAUUUUAUUAUGGCUUAAAAUUAUGCAUAUUUAAGGGGAGGGCCACAUGAGUGACAGGCUGUGUGAUCCAUCCACCACCUCAGAAUGCCUCCUUGGGCCGCUCGGGACCACUUCUUUUUUCACUCCCGUCAGCGCAUUGGUCACAUGAUCACAGCCUUUCAAAAUACUUGGGUUAUGCACAAAUUACUGGCUCAACAUUACUUGGAGUAUGUAUAAAUUUUGGCACAUUACUUUUCAUAGAAAUACAUACGAACAGUGUAUGAGAACAGCCAGAGUAUUUCCACACUGUGUGGAAGCUGAUCCUGGAAGCUAUCAGAGUGUAGCUAAUGUUAGCAGCUCUGUCCCGCUGGUGAGGAUGCUGGCUUUUUACAUGGACCUAUUAGCUUUAGCUUGAGUGUUUUAGCACAAUAUUGUGUAUGUAGCCAUCAAGUGCAUAUUUAAGACCAUAUUUCAUCAUUUUUAGGAGAGGCAGGUGAAAAUAUUAACAAAAGUAUCUAAUUUUUAGCCAACUCAUGAAGCUAAUGUUAGCUUAACUAGCUAGCUAAGGUACAGCUGGUUGCUGGCUGGAAAUGGUAAACCUGCUUUUGUCUACCUCUGUGUAAAAUGAAGUAUUGUUCGAUUGCUAAGAAUUCUGUGUGGUAGUCUGCCACCGUAAUCACUGUAAACUGCAUAUGUGCCGUGUGAGAACGAAAGCUUGACAGGCAUAGUGACAGUAACUUGGGCGGAUGGGGCUUAGCUAACGGUCAAUCAAUGUAAACUGCAUAAAAAAGUCAUAAAACCCUGAAACACAAGUCAGGUUGAUACACUAUAUUUAUUUAUCACUUGUACUGAAUAUUUGUUUGUUUGAAUGCUCAUUUGAUUUGUAUGUUUACUACUGUACAAUUUUAACUAUUUUUUACCUCUGGGUGCAGUGUUUGCAUUGGCCCGUUAUACGCAUGGGUGACAAAAUGUAAUCACAGUUUUGGACUCUUUUAUCAUGAACUGAUUUACAAAAAUGUAAAACAAAUAUUUGGGAUUGCAGGGUUGCUGACAUCAGGGGACACGUGUAUUAUUGCUAAUAUAAAAGGUAAGA